AUGCACUGCACUCUUGAGCGGGAGCUCAGUAAAUUUUGGGAAGUCGUAGAACUUCCACACCAGCGUACGCUCUCUCCAGAUAAAAGGCUCUGUGAGGAGCAUUUUCUCGCAAACUAUUCGCGCGGUGACAACGGGCAAUAUAUCGUGCGGCUCCCGUUCAAAAAAGGUCCGCCUAUUGAGAUCGGUGAGUCUCGUGUUAUAGCAAAUCGUAUAUUAGCCACACUGCAUCGACGAUUAAAUCGCAAUCCCGAUUUGAAGAAAGAAUAUUGCUCAUUUCUCGCGGAGUACGAACAACUCGGUCAUAUGGAAAAGGUUGUAGCUACUUCCGCUAAUACGUCACUCUCGCAAAUAGUCUAUAUCUCUCACCAUGCAGUUGUACGAGAGUCAAGUUUGACCACGCGUAUCAGAGUAGUCUUCAAUGCCUCCAGUAUCACAACUAAUGGUACCUCACUCAAUUCGCAUCUGUUGCCAGGUCCCAAGUUUCAAACCGAUAUUUUCGACGUCUUGUUACGUUGCCGACAAUAUCAAUAUGUGUACACGGCAGAUAUUGUCAAAAUGUACAGGCAAAUCCUGAUAGAUCCUCGCGACCGAGACUAUCAACGCAUUCUAUGGAAGGCUGAGGGCGAGACAACGCCACAAGAAUACCGGUUGCAAACCGUGACUUAUGGCACCGCCUCAGCCCCCUAUCUAGCCUUAAGAGUCAUUCAGCAGUUUCUCCAUGACUAA